UUUCCUACAUAUCCCAUGUAUCUCUGGCCCCUGAGUUAAAACGGAGUGCUCCCUUUCUCCCAGCAUUAACUCCAUACUUUAAUAUACUCGAUGUUGGAAUUAGACUACAUUUCCCGUGAGCACAGGCAGCCCACUAUCCACCGCACCCGUACUGUAUUGAACCCUAGUUGACGGUGGCUGGAAAAGGACAAUGGUUUCCAUGUCAGCAAAUAAACGCACUCCGCUAAGAGCCUCCAAGGCAGGGAGCAUGCUGUAGUGAGUUUGUGCUGAAGAGAGAGGAAACAGCCAAGGGACCUGGUGUCAAAAGAGCCAGAGCCAUGGAGCGCCGAGGCUUAGUGGCUGGGCCAGAUUUUGAGUAUUUCCGGCGACGGUAUUUCACCCCGGCGGAGGUGGCACAACAUAACCGGCCUGAAGACCUUUGGGUGUCUUACCUGGGAUGUGUCUACAACCUAACCCCGUUGGCACAAGAGUAUAAGGGGAACCUGCUGCUGAAACCCAUCGUGGAAGUUGCAGGCCAGGACAUCAGCCACUGGUUUGAUCCAAAAACCAGAGACAUCCGCAAGCACAUAGAUCCGCUAACCGGUUGCCUGAGGUACCGCACUCCACGGGGCCGCUUCGUUCACGUCCCGCCUCAGCUGCCGCGUUCCGACUGGGCUAAUGAUUUUGGGAAGCCCUGGUGGAAGGAGUCUCAAUAUGAGGUGGGGCGGUUGUCUGCCAAGACUCGGAACAUCUGUAUUGUUAACACGCUUACGUCGCAGGAGCACGUACUGGAGGUGGGGGCUCUGGAGUCAAUGUGGGAAAUUCUACACCGCUAUCUCCCCUAUAAUGCACAUGCUGCCAGUUACACAUGGAAAUAUGAAGGCAAGAACCUGAACAUGAAUUGUACUCUGGAAGAAAAUGGGAUCCGGGAUGAGGAGGAAGAGUUUGACUAUCUCAAUAUGGACAGCACACUCCACACACCUGCAGUACUGCUCUACUUCAAUGAUGACCUCACAGAGCUAUAGGAAAGAUGUGUGCUCUUGUAGAAUCAAUACAUUUUGAGUUUGCUUUUUGCUGUGCCUUGAGGAAGAGGUCAGAGUGUGGGGUGCCAGGGUGUAGACCUCAGUUUUCCUCUUGGAAUUGGCUUUUGGCCAGUCCUUAUGAAGAAUGAGAAUCCUGUUCCCCAGAUCCUUUAUGAUUUGCUCUGAGAAAAUAGGAUGCUAGAAGUGAACUGAUCUUUGGGAAUGACAAAAGAAGACACAGAAUCUUGAAUAGGGAGAUGAAAAGAAGAAAAGUCAUGGAGCUAAGGUCGAAAUUUUUAAUAGUAAAAAAAGUCCCUCCUAGGGAUGAGGGAAUGGAAGAACAUCUUUGCCAAUGAUGGAAAUGAAAUGGCUGGAGAAUAUGAGAUUUACAAAGACAAAAAUAGGGAGAAAAAA